AUGACCUGCCCCAUCUGCAAGGACGUCCUAGACUGUCCGCAGGCCAUCAAGAACUGUUUGCAUCGGUUCUGCAAGGUCUGCCUCGCCACCUCGCUCCGCGUUGCCAAGAAAGAGUGCCCUGUCUGCCGCCAGCACUGCAUCUCGAAGCGGGCAGCCCGCGAUGAUGACCUCCUCCGCUGCUUGGUCGAGGAUCUUACGUUUCGGGCUCCUCCGCCGCCGGCUGAGUCCACCCGCCGCCGCGCACGCAACCUCGUCGCUCCGCCGUCAGGAUCGCCGUACCCGCCGUCGAUCUCUGCCACCGCAGGUCUUGCACCAGCCAUUGCCAAGUCAGUCCGUGCCUUUCAGGCCGCUACGCUGCAGCACCGCCAGCAACAGCAAAGCAACGACUCGUUCUUUAAGCAAAAGGAGGCCGUCUCUGAUGACGACGAUAUGCAGUCGAGCGCCAAGCGCCAGCACAUUCUCGCCCGUCCACGCGCCGACUCGCCGCAGCCUGCCGUGUCAAGUCGUCACAUCGACAUCGCCUCGCUCCGGAACUCGAUCAAGCCUGCGUCGGUGCUUGGCAGGAUGAUGACCGAGGCGCCGCCGCCCGAAUCCUGCAUCCUGCUGGAUGCGCCGCAGCGCGCGCCGCCUGGCCAAUCCCAACCAAUCCCACUGGUCUUUAAGGUAAUCAUUCGCGGCGUCGAGUCGUUUGAAGGGCAAAGCCUCUGGGUCAGCACCUCAUCCGAGACAACCGUCGACGAAGCCAUGCGCGCCGUCGCAGUCCGCGUCGGCAUGCGUGGCGUCGCCUACCGCCGACACAAGAUGCGAACCUCAUCUGGCAACAUCCAAAUCGACUACUCCAUGACAAUGGCGGCCUUUCUCAACACUUGCCGCACGCAAGACGUCCCGUUCUCGCUCACCUUCCGGCCACAGAAGUAG